UGUGGUCACAAUACAGACGUCACUCUCUAACUGAGCCAGUUAAGUGCGCAGCUUUUAACUGUACAACUUCAAUUUCAGCAUGCUUGCGGACGACAUAGGAAUCUUCGGAUCCCAUCGGCGUGUGAACCCAAAUACACGGACCCUAUUAUUUACGUCGCGUCCGUAGCGAAGAAAUCCGUAUUUUAUGGUGGAUUUCAUACGUGGAGUUCAACGCUGUAGUGGCGAGCUCAAGUCGCUACAAAUAAGAGGACACGAGGAUCCUUAAAGGACCAUGGAGGAGGCCCCAGAGGUCCCUGUCUCAGACCCAGUCCCGGACCCGGCCCUAAUCCUGACCCCAACACCUUGUCCUGCCUCCAACAUACCCUCCCGAAGCCUGUUGGAGUGGAGGAAGAGGGUGAAGUCUGAGUACAUGCGCCUCCGUCAGCUGAAACGCUUUAAAAACGCAGAGGAGGUCAAGGUAAGGAUAAUGAGAGAGAGAGAGCGAGAGAUUGUGUGUAUAGCUAUUACAAACUAUUCUUACAUUUCCUGUCUUUUCCAGGCCUUGUUCAUGUCCAACCGGCAGAAGAUAGAGGAACGUACCAACCUUCUGAACGAGGAGUGGUCCAAGCUGAGGAUCCAGUCAGUUCCCCUGUCUACCCCAGGUGGAGCGCUACCCGGCAAAAAGUUGUGCAUGGUGGAGUUUGGCUUCCCAGCGUUUAAAGCUCAGGCGGUUGCCGUGCGGCCCCUGACGACCGUGGCAGGAAUCCCCUUCAUGUACUCCUGGUCCCCUCUGCAGCAGAACUUCAUGGUGGAGGAUGAGACGUUCCUCCAUAACAUCCCCUACAUGGGAGACGAGGUGUUGGAGCAGGACGAGGCCUUCCUGGAGGAGCUUAUCGACAACUAUGACGGUGUCCAUGGAGACAGAGAGGGAGGGUUCAUCAACGACGAGAUCUUUAAAGAGUUGGUGGAGGCCUUGAGCCAGUACUCAGACCAGGAGGAGGAAGAGGAGGAGGCGGUGGAGGAGAAAGGGGGGAAAGAGGAGGAGGAGAAGGGGGUGAGGAAGAGCGCUGGGGAAGAGACUGAAGAGGCCAAGGUGGGGCCCACAGCCUUCUUCAGGAGGAAGAGGAGGAGUGUCAUAGAGGUGAGGGAUUUGGCUGCCAAUAAGAAGAUCCCGCAUGAUAAGAUAUUCACGGCCAUCGCCUCGAUGUUCCCCUACAAGGGUACGACGGAGGAGCUGAAGGAAAAGUACAAGGACCUCCUGGAGCCCCCCAGCCCGGUAAAGCUGCCCCCCCUCUGCACCCCUAACAUAGACGGGCCGUUCGCCAAGUCUGUCCAGCGGGAGCAGUCCCUACACUCCUUCCAUACGCUGUUCUGCAGGCGCUGCUUCAAAUACGACUGCUUCCUCCACCCUUUUCACGCUACGCCCAAUGUUUACAAGAGGAAGAGCAAGGAGAUUCGCAUGGAGACAGAGCCCUGUGGUCUGGACUGCUUUCUGCUACAGAAAGGGGCCAAAGAGUUUGCGGAUCAGGAGAUGCUGCGCUCCCAGACGUCUCGGCGGCGGCGGCGACAGCCACGCCCUCCCAGCUCCAGCUGCCCUGGCCCGUCAGGCACCACUGAGGAGGCCAAGGAGGUGGAUAGUGACCACGAGACCACCAGCUCUUCAGAGAGCAACUCUCGCUGUCAGACCCCCACCAAGCUGUGUCCGGGGGAGGAGCACGGGGAACAGGUGGAACCUCCUGUCCAGUGGAGUGGGGCUGAGGAGUCUCUGUUCAGAGUGCUGCACGGAACCUACUACAACAACUUCUGCUCCAUCGCUCGCCUCAUCAGCACCAAGACCUGCAAACAGGUGUAUGAGUUUGCUGUGAAAGAGGUCCUGAUCCACCGUGUUCCAUUGGUGGAGGGUGGCAACUCCCCUCAGAAGAAGAAGAGGAAGCACAGGUUAUGGGCAAAAAUUCAGCUCAAGAAAGAUAACUUGUCCAAUCAGGUGUACAACUACCAGCCAUGUGACCACCCAGACCACCCAUGUGACAGCUCCUGUCCCUGUGUGAUGACCCAGAAUUUCUGUGAGAAGUUCUGCCAGUGUGAGCACGAGUGCCAGAACCGUUUCCCGGGCUGCCGCUGUAAGACCCAGUGCAACACCAAGCAAUGUCCCUGCUACCUGGCGGUGAGGGAAUGUGACCCAGAUCUGUGUAUGACCUGUGGAGCCGCGGACCACUGGGACAGCAAGGUAGUCUCCUGCAAGAACUGCAGCAUCCAAAGGGGGCUCAAGAAGCAUCUCCUGCUGGCCCCCUCAAACGUGGCAGGGUGGGGCACCUUCAUCAAAGAGUCAGUUCAGAAGAAUGAGUUCAUCUCAGAGUACUGUGGAGAGCUAAUCUCGCAGGAUGAGGCGGACCGACGGGGGAGGAUCUACGACAAAUACAUGUCCAGCUUCCUCUUCAACCUGAACAAUGACUUUGUCGUGGACGCCACAAGGAAAGGGAAUAAAAUCAGAUUUGCGAAUCACUCGGUGAACCCAAACUGCUACGCUAAGGUGGUCAUGGUGAAUGGAGACCACCGCAUCGGGAUCUUUGCCAAACGGGCUAUCCUACAGGGGGAGGAGCUCUUCUUCGACUAUAGGUAGAGCCUUGUGGCCAUGGGAACACUGGAGUCUUCGAUACAAUACGGUACAGCCAGGAUGAUGCCCUGAAGUAUGUGGGCAUAGAGAGAGAGGUCGACGUGGCCUAGCAUUAACCUGCUGCAUUUCAACCACCCGCACUGACCCCUUGCUGACUGACCCCCCCCCCCCCCCCCCCCCCCCCUUUUCCGUCACCUGGUAACUCUUCUCCUCGCCACAAUGCCACAACAAACAGAAGCUCUAUUGGCCUCUGUGAAACAUUCACCGUAAUGGAGGAGAAUGAAAAUAGCUGAUCUAUGUUACUGACAAUUGGGGCAUUGAAAUGGUUUUCUUCUCCCUUGGUGACAAUUUCAGUGAAAUCACUUCCUCUCUGUAUGAAGCACUUCCCCACUGCUUUAUCACUCACCUAUCGAAACUGUGUACGUAAAGCUUCUGGAACGAAACAAGCAAUUAGAAUGGCAACAAGAACCUACUAUCUACAGUAUAUAUUCAAUGUAUCGCUUAUACUGUACCAUCAGCCUCACGGCAUUGUUGUUAUUUUCAACAUGAACACAUGCUGUGUGUUAUUCUCUCUGUAUUUGUUAUUCUCUCUGUUACUGUACUCACAUCUAUUAACUAUUGCUUGUCCUCUCAAUGAGCAACGCUAACUUUUUAGCCUACAGUGUAUCUAUUAACAGUGCAAGACAAGCGCACGUGUUGUCUUUUGGUUUAAAAUGAACUGUAAGCACAUUAGCAAGAGAAUGAGCUUUCAUUUUCAAAUGCAGCUCUAUGGAGGAACUCAAUAUCCUGUCAUGUUACUCAGAAAAAGCCUCUUCCUGGUAGCUUUUGGAGGCAAUGCUAAACUCAUGAUAAUGCUUAAGCUCUGUAUCUGACCGGUCUCUGUGGCUAUAGCAUCAACACCACCCCCUUCAUACAUAAUGAAAUAACUUACUGUGCAUUUAUACCAAUGUUCUUCAAAAAAAUAUGCUGUACCGUACGAGAAACCGACUAACUGAAUGUGAACUCUGAAGUGGUGGUUGAUGGGAGAUCUCAUUCCUCCUUUAGUUUGACAACUCUAGUCACCUGUGCCCUUGGUACUCAGUGAUAUGUAUACUUUAUGAAGCAUUUGCCAUUCAGUUUACAUGAGCGUCAGCUCUUCUAACUCUAAAGAGACUAUAUUGGUGUGUAAGAACCAUGAACACUAUAGUCUUCCCUGAACUAGCUGUGAGUGCCAAAUGAAUCUAAACGGAAAGAGAAGGGUUGUCAUUAUGGUGUUUGUAUUGUAUAUAAUGGACAGGACUGUGUUACAGGUAACCAUUUUACGCUUCUGCUCGUCAUGGGAAAAUGAAAUGGGAAAAAUAGUUUUUUUUUUUUUUACUAUUUCAAGUGCCCCACCUGGAUGUUGUGUACAUACAACCAUCCAUCUGAUCAUGUUGUCACACUAUAUACAAGUGGAUUGUGGAACUGACAUCCAGGUCUGAUAUUCACCCAGGAUUUUAUCCUUCAAUCCAAAAACAUUGACACCCACGACAAGAUGAGAUCUUUCUGCACGGAGGUGACUGAAACGAUAUGGAAUUUAUCGUUAUGUACAACUUAUGCCUAUGAAAAUAAAACUUUAACUUUAUACAUUA